CCAUCCACCCCUCCUCCAGCAGCAGCGCAACGACGAGACCAAUCCCUCCCUCUACUCCGGCGGUGCGCAUCACGCAGUAGAGGACAUCAGGCUGCCAAGAGAGAAGAGACCCACGGCUCACAGCGAUGUCUGAUGACUAUAGCGACGUGGCUCCGGCGGUGGCUGCGGCUGGCCUGGGGGUGGGCGCCGUCAUCGCCAUCUCGCUGUGCGGCGGCGUGCUGCCCCUGCUGCUGUGCUGCUGGUGCUGCUACCGCUGCUGCUGCCGCAGCGACCGCGUGGUGGUCGUCAACAACAAUGCAGCUGGCGGCGGCGGCCCCACCAUGGUGAACGUGACCGUGCCCCAGGUCGCCCCGGCCGUCUGCCCGCCGCAGCAGGGAUACGCCCCGCCGCCCUACAACCCGCGCGCAGAUAACUUGGCGUCUGAGCUCCCUAGUCCUGUCUGGGGGAAAGGGGAGGGCGAAGAGGAAGCGAUACCCUAUUGUCAAGCUCAGCGGCCAGGCUACUGAGCCGGCGCCCCUGCUGCAGUCCGGGUGUAGCGGAAACCCCGUCCUGCCGAGCCCGUGUUCCCUCGCGGACAUCUCCCUGUGCAGCGAGCCAUAGUGUCGCAAACACGUAGAGCUGUAGCUUUUUAUAUUGAGACACAAAGAAAACCUUUUUUACAGUGUAAAUGAAACCAAUGUAUGAUAAUCAGGUUACAUAAAUAUCAAUAAAUCUUAAA